CAGGUAGUGUUCACGAUUCUCGCCUGCAGUCUCGCAUCCGGUAUUGUAUUUGGAUUUGCGGCGCUAAAGCCAAUUCUUAUCGAGGAACGUGUUUUCCACGAUCUCUGUGGUGAUGAAGAUUCUCGUGAGAAUGGCCACUUUUGCCCGGAGCAAGACUUGAAGCUGAAUCUUUUCUACACGAUCGGAUCCACGGCGGCAAAUAUCUCUUCAAUCCUGGCUGGUGCUAUUCUCGAUCACCGUGGUUCACGCUUUUGUAACGUUCUCGGAUGUGUCAAUCUAGCCUUCGGCUGUGGUGUGAUGGCUAUAUCGUUUCAUUUCGCCCACUAUCAGUGGUUGUUCGUUGGGAACUUCUUUCUUGCCCUGGGAGGUACAUUCGUCUUUGUGCCCUCGUUUCAGGUUGCAAAUGCCUUCCCACAGUUUUCGGGACGCAUCGUGGCUUUGGUGACGGGCGCGUUUGAUGUCUCGGCUGCUAUAUUCCUUAUCUACCAAAUCGCGUACACGACCUCGGGACAAUAUUUGACGCCCUAUCGUUUCUUCUUGUGCUUUACUGCAGUUCCGAUUUUGCUUUUAGUUGGAUUCGUCGUUGUCAUGCCUAGGGAUGAGUAUGGUUUCUGUCCGCCAAAAAAUAAACAGGCGUUAGUGGAGGAUCCGCCCGAGGAUAUACACUCCGCCUACAGUGAAUCCACCACUCCAGCAGGACACCGUCACCUGGGUAGUAAGCGCACGUUUCGCCUUAGCGGAAGAUUCCGCAAAUUACGGCGAAUCCUCGGCAAACGCCAGAAAAGAAAGCAGCAGGUCAAUCAUGAACCGACUCAAAACCAAACCCGCCAAGGCCGGGGUGCACUCCAAGGCUUAUCUGCUCGCCGACAAUUGGCCACGCCGUGGUUCAUACUCAUUACCCUGAUGACUACCCUACAAAUGAUUCGAAUGAAUUACUUCAUCGCUACUAUUCGCAUGCAGUACGACUACUUGCUCAGUUCUCCAGCCCAGGCAAAGUCCAUCAAUGGUUUCUUCGAUAUCGCUCUCCCACUAGGAGGUAUUCUUUCCACGCCAGUGAUCGGAUAUCUUCUCGACAAUCUGAGACUGAAGAAUAUUCUCGCUCUGAUCGUUCUAUGCACAACCACAAUCGGGGUGUUGAAUUGCAUUCCUGCUGUUGGGGCUGGAUAUGUGACAGUUAUAUUGUUCGUCGUGCUGCGACCGCUAUACUACUCCGCCAUGUCUGACUAUGCUACCAAAGUGUUCGGAUUCGGCACAUUCGGGCGAAUAUAUGGAACGAUCAUCUGCCUUUCGGGGCUGGCAACAUUUUCUCAGUAUGGACUUGAUGCGCUAACCCAGGGUUCUUUCAAAGGGAACCCAACACCCAUCAAUGCUGUCUUGGCCGUCGUAGGCUUUUUUCUAGGAUCUGUGCUGGUUGGCUUUGUAUCUGUAGCGGGAAGACGUCUCAGUUCGGAGGGCACCGGGGAGUCUAGUGAAGAGGAAGAGGAACGACCACUGCUGGCGGCUGAUCUCGACGAAAGGUGGGGAUAUGAGGCCUUUACCGACCCGAGGUGA